GCCCCGGCGGGGGCGCGCACGUACACACGCACGCACGCCGGCGGCCGGCCAGGAGGCAGGCUCGAGCCCGGGCUCGCCCUGCGCCGUGCCAGAGCUCGCGCACUCAGCAGGUUGGGCUGCGGCGGUGGCAGCUGUGGGGCUGAGGCGCUGCGUGCUAAGCUCCCAGACGCAGCUGCGUCUGCGGCUCCGGCUCUGCCAGCCUUCGCCUUCCCUCGUCUCGGUGUCGGGUGCUGAGGACGGGAACCCCGAACGCACCCUUGGUUGCCUCUGACACCGCCUUCCCUUCCUUCCCAUCCGUGGGCCUCGCUCGGUGGUAGGCGACUCUGCAGGGGACGGUGGCGACGGCUCCCUGUCUGUGGAGUCCUGCUGUCCUCCAGCCUCGCUCCUCCGUUCGUCCUGCAGGGGCCAGCAAAGCCCGGCGCCCUCCCUUCCUCUCCUGCCUCGUCCACCGGUGGGAGCAGUGUCUGUCCGGGAGGUCUCUGGGCUGAGGCGGCGGCAGCUCCUCCGGCUCCAUCAUGUCCGCGGGCGGAGACUUCGGGAAUCCGCUGAGGAAAUUUAAGCUGGUGUUCCUGGGGGAGCAGAGCGUUGGAAAGACAUCCUUGAUCACCAGAUUCAUGUAUGACAGUUUUGACAACACCUAUCAGGCAACAAUUGGCAUUGACUUUUUGUCAAAAACAAUGUACUUGGAGGAUCGAACAAUCAGGCUGCAGCUGUGGGAUACUGCGGGUCAGGAACGUUUCCGUAGCCUCAUUCCCAGUUACAUCCGUGAUUCUGCUGCAGCCGUAGUAGUUUACGAUAUCACAAAUGUUAACUCAUUCCAGCAAACCACAAAAUGGAUUGAUGAUGUCAGAACAGAAAGAGGAAGUGAUGUUAUCAUCAUGCUAGUAGGAAAUAAAACAGAUCUUGCUGAUAAGAGGCAAGUAUCAAUUGAGGAAGGAGAGAGGAAAGCCAAAGAGCUGAACGUUAUGUUUAUUGAAACCAGUGCAAAAGCAGGCUACAAUGUGAAGCAGCUCUUCCGACGUGUAGCAGCAGCUUUGCCUGGAAUGGAAAGUACACAAGACAGAAGCAGAGAAGACAUGAUUGACAUAAAGCUGGAAAAGCCUCAAGAACAACCAGUCACUGAAGGAGGCUGUUCCUGCUAAUCUCCCAUAGUAUCUUCAGCCCUUCUCCAGAAGCUCACUGCUUUGGUCCCUGUACUCUUUCAUUGACUGCAGUGUGAAUAUUGGCUUGAACCUUUUCCCUUCAAUAAUAACAUAUUGCAACUCAUCAUUGCUGCCUGUCUCGUGGAGAUGAUCUAUUAGCUUCACAAGCACAAAAAUGUCAGUGUCUUCAUUAUUUAUAUUUUACAAAAAAACCAAAAGAUUCCAGUGAUAACUGAAGAUUAGAUACAUUUUCUUAACAUUUUUCCUUUUUUAAUGUUAUGAUAAGGUACUUUAAAAUGAUGAAAAUGUCAGCAGUAUGUGUGGCUUGGUUAAGGAGCAGUGUGUUCACAGCAUUUGCUUACUAUUUGAUCGCUUACUGUUUUUCUCACUUCUCCCUUACCAGCGUUUGCUAUUCCCACUCUACCACAAAACAAACAGUGGCAAACAGCAGUCUGACCAAGCCCAUUGGAAUUAUCCUUUAGUUUUACAUAUACCACCUAUUAUAGCAAUAGGCCAAGAUGUCCAACAUUAUUCUUGAGCAUUGAUAUAAAUUACUUAGACCUUCUUGAGUCAAAACUUAGCUAUCAUGGUGGGCAGUGCUUGAACGAGGAAAGGGUUCUACUGUAUCUUCAAAAUGAGUCCUAAUGAAUAUAUUGAGUAGUCACAAGUAGAAUACAAAAUGUGUUUCUGACCAAGACAAAUGACCCUUUUACAUGUGCUUUAUUAGACUCUGGGAGAGAAAAGUAACCAGUUAAUUUUUCAUGGUAAAGUCGUAAAGUUCUAAUGAACUAUUUCUCCCAAGAUAUUUUUUUCUCCCGAAAUUUUAAGAUUGCACAAACUGUUUGUUUGUUUGUUUGUUUGUUUGUUUGUUUUUAAUCUCCUUAAGCAUUAGGCUUGUUUUAUGGUUUUUUCUUUUAAAUGGUAUGCAAGAAAGGCAUUGUAAAAGUCCAAUUCUUAAAGUGGAAGAAUUUAAAUUUGGGGGCUGGGGAUUUAGCUCAGCAGCAUAAGCGCCUGCCUUGCAAGCAGACAGUCCUGAGUUCGAUCCCCAGUACGGAUAAAAAGGAAAAAGACCAAAAAAAAGAAAAAAUUUAAAUUUGGUACCAUGUUCAAAACUGUUGAAACUUUGAAGCUAGCUAAAGCUUACCAACAAAGAAGCUUGCAAAAUAGCUGAUACUCUACUCUGGACAUUUGAAGUCAGAUUGAAGAUGGAAGUAAUUUUCUUGUAAGCCUCUAGAGCAGUGAUGGCAAACAUAUGGUUUGCACGUCACAGCGGGCUGUUGUAUUAUUGAAAGCUUUGAAAGGUUUGCCAUCACUGCAGAGGCAGAUCAGGAAAAGCAAGUUUGAAGAGGAAAAGGACAGAAUGGAAAUACAAGUCAAGACUAUGCGGAUUAUGCCUUAUUUUUUAAAUGUCAGGUCUUUUAGGCUGAUUUUGCUUUUUUAUUAGAUAUGUAUAGUUUGGUUAAUUAACUAGUAAUUUAGUUUUGUAUUUAAGCUACAAUUAAUCUUUUUUGGUGAUAUUUAUUUCUUUGCCAUUUUUAAAACUCAUUUGAGAUAGAUUUUUUGUUGUUGUUGACUAGAGCAUCAUCGCCAUGGCAAUAUGUAUUUCCCUUAAAACACUGCAAAUAAAUAUACUAGGAGUGCACCCUUUUAAUCUUUACUAGUUAUUGUGAGAUUGCUGUGUAAGUUAAUAAACACAUUUGUAAAUACAUUGUUUGCAGGGAGAAAAUUUCUGAGUUGUAACUCAGAAAAAGCCUGCCAAGUUUAUGUUGUAAGCAUUACUUAACACAGUAUAAAGAUGAAAAGACAACAGAAAUAACUUCAUACUUCUUCAUGUCCUCAUUGUAACAGAACCUUUAACUGGGAAAAGCUUACUCCUCCUCUCUCUUCUUCCUCUUCCACUUCUCACUGUUAUCAGCUUGUAAUAUUCAGAGAGCACUUGGAUUAUGGAUAUGAAGAAAAAAUGCUUUCAGAUAAUCAUUAGCCCACAUACCUGUAACUUAAAGAUGGGAUGGAGUUGUAAAGUGCUUUUAUAAUAUAAUAUUAUUGUUAAAAGCAAGGAUUGACUCUUUUGUUUUAUUUUGACAUGGCAUGUCCUGAAAUAAAUAUUGAUUCAUUAUGGCAGAUGGGUCACAUUCUUUAUUUGGAAGAAGUUGUGAUUUCUGAAAAGGAGGUAGUUGUCUUCCUACACUGUUGCAUUUGAUUCUUCUUAUGUGUCUUAAAGAAAGUAACCAGUAUGCUGCUUUUAAUAUUGGCCUUUUUAUUUGGCUUGGGAUUCCUCAACUGAAGCAGUGAAGUGUGUUCUAUAGUCUAUAGUUUUUUUUUUAAAGAAACACAGUUUUGCUGCCAAAAAUAUAUAAAUAAAGCACGAAAGAAAACAA